AUUCUGCCUCAUCUGCUUGGGUUACUCCAGCACAGCAGACACGCUUAACUCUUGCCUUUCUCUCUUCCUUACUCUCACUCUCUCAUUCUAAGCCACUUCAGGGCAGAAGAUCUACAGGCACAAUGUCAGUCAGGAAAACAAGCUACACUGUGAAGUCCACCUCCUCCGUGGCUGCACCUCGUAACUUCAGCAGUGUCUCCUAUUCAGGCCCCAGCCUGGGCCGACAGAGCUACACAGCCCGCAGCUCCUAUGGAGGACUCAGGAGUGGUUUGGGAAGUGGAAACUUCAUCACUAGCUCCUCUGCCUAUGGAGGUGGCAUGGGUCUCGGUAUGGGAUUCAGCGGUGGUGCUGUGGCACCCAUCACAGCAGUGACAGUCAACAAGAGCCUCCUGGCCCCUCUUAACCUGGAGAUUGACCCUAACAUCCAGUCCGUCCGCACACAGGAGAAAGAGCAGAUCAAGUCCCUGAACAACCGCUUUGCUUCCUUCAUAGAUAAGGUACGCUUCUUGGAGCAGCAGAACAAGAUGCUGGAGACCAAAUGGAGCCUCCUCCAGGAGCAGACCGUCACCCGUUCCAACAUUGACGCCAUGUUCGAGGCUUACAUUGCCAACCUCCGCAGACAGCUUGACAGUCUGGGCAAUGACAAAAUGAAGCUGGAGGCUGACCUGCACAACAUGCAAGGCCUGGUUGAGGACUUCAAGAAUAAGUAUGAAGAUGAGAUCAACAAGCGUACAGAGGCUGAGAACGACUUUGUCCUCAUCAAAAAGGAUGUGGACGAGGCUUAUAUGAAUAAAGUCGAGCUGGAAGCCAAGCUGGAGAGCCUCUCAGAUGAGAUCAACUUCCUCCGGCAGAUCUAUGAAGAGGAGAUCCGUGAGCUUCAGUCUCAGAUCAAGGACACCUCAGUGGUGGUGGAAAUGGACAACAGCAGGAAGCUGGACAUGGAUGCCAUUGUCGGUGAGGUCCGUGCUCAGUAUGAGGACAUUGCCAACCGCAGCCGUGCUGAAGCUGAGACAUGGUACAAGACUAAGUUUGAGGAAAUGCAGUCAUCCGCAAACAGGUAUGGAGAUGACCUCCGAUCAACCAAGACAGAGAUUGCUGAUCUGAACCGCAUGAUCCAGAGACUGCAGGCUGAGAUUGAUGCUGUGAAGGGCCAGCGUGCUAACCUGGAGAAUCAGAUAGCCGAGGCUGAGGAGCGUGGAGAGAUGGCUGUGAGGGAUGCAAAGGGACGUAUCAAGGAUCUGGAAGAAGCUCUGCAGAGAGCCAAGCAGGACAUGGCACGCCAGAUCAGAGAGUAUCAGGACCUGAUGAAUGUCAAACUGGCCCUGGACAUUGAGAUCGCCACCUACAGGAAACUCCUGGAAGGAGAGGAGGACAGACUUGCCAGUGGAAUCAAGACCAACAUCUCCAAACAAAGCACAAGCUACAGCUCCUUCCCUAUGGAGACCGCUGGCAGUGCCUACAGCAGCUACUCCAGUGGCUACUCUAGCGGUUACUCCACUGGUUACGGUGGUGGCUACGGUGACAGCAGCUCGACCCAGAGCAAGAAGAACAUCGUCAUCAAGAUGAUCGAAACCAAGGACGGCCGUGUCGUGUCUGAGUCUUCUGAAAUCGUCCAAGAUUGAGUGAAGAGUGCUUUUUCCAUUUCUGCUGUUUAACCUUGUCUCCCCCCAUUCCUCAUCCUUCCGCUAAACCCGUAACAUAGCUGUCUGAAGUAACUAGCUGCAGAAGAAUACAGUCAGUCCUUAACUCUGACCAAUGGGUUACAUGGGACCAAGCAAUCAAAGAACCAUUUCACAUUGUGCCUUAGAAUUAGGAUUCUGCAUAGUGCACUAAAAAAAGAAAUACUCAUACACAAGCUGUACUGUCCUGCACAACAUGUUCUCCAGUCUACAUCUAGCAACUGGAGAAUUCCAGAUCUGCCACCAACAUGAGCCACUCCUGUUACUGUACUCAAUGCCCCGUAACAGUAUUCAGGUCUGAUUAUGAAGGGUUCCUAUUUGUGUUAAAGGCAAUCAUGUUUGUGGCAAAUCCAUGUUAUGUGCCUGCUCUUUAGAAAA